CCUUAGACCAUAAUUACAUUGUAAGAGGAGAUGAUCUGAUGUUUUUUUUGAAAUCUUUGAAGUAUAGCAUGAAGCGCUGAGCUAUCUUCCUUUUUCUUGAAAAAAGAAAACUGCAAAGAUGGAUUCUUUUACAAAGGGACUGAAGUUUUUCAUUGUUGCUUUGAAUUUCAUAUUACUGUUCGGAAGUAUUGUAUUGCUGGUAUUUGGGAUCCUGUUUCACACUGGAGCAAACUUGGACUUUAUCGAGGCAUUGGAAACCAAGACAAAGGAUAACAUCCGUGAUUUAAUAACAACGACUGGCAUUGGUGAUGUAAACAACAUUGAUAGAUUUAGUUUUACUCAGCUCCUAGGCGGAUGGUUAGCGCAUUCGAUGAUAGGUGUGGCACUUUGCAUGUUCGUUCUGUCAUUCAGUGGCUGUUGUGGGGCCUGGUACAAAGUUAGAUUGUUGUUGUUGAUUUAUAUCAUAGUGCUGAGUAUUAUAAUGUUUGUGGAAGUACUAAUCAUAGUGCUUAUGUUUACAGUACCAUUAACUAUUCAAGGUCAAAUUAAAAGGGAGAUGGACUUUACAAUAGCAGACUUCCAAGGAUUGGCGGGAAACAAUGACAGGACACUAGGAUGGAUGUUUAUUAUGGACUACUAUAAAUGCUGCGGAACGGAGACAUACAAAGAUUUCCAGAACGAGGCAACUGUUUGGGAUAGGACUCCGGGUUCUAUUGUCACCCGGAUUGAUGCUCCUUUAAUAUGUUGCAACAGUUUACCCACAGGUGGCGCUGAUAAUGAUGUCAAAUGUGCCAGAGAGGCUUCAAAGGAUAUUUAUACUGAGGGUUGUUUUGAUGUUAUCUGGAACAAAGUGUUAGAGAGUUCAAUGUAUACCUAUGUCGUGAUUGGUAAUGUUUUCCUUCUUCAGAUUCUAUUGCUUCUUUCUUCAAUAAAGUUUUAUAGAGAUGCAAAAGAAAAAAGGAAAGUCAAACCAUUUAAACCUAUACUGAAGAAAACAAAGGCUUAUUAUGGAUCAUAAUUCUGAAUAUAUAUUUUUGCCUAUUUCUAGCCAGAACUGUGCGUUUAAACUGCAUGAUGUUUGUUAUGUUUUCUAUAGUUCAACGAAAUAGAUAUACUCGACCUGUUAGUCAAAUGCGUUUUGUUAAAAUAUACUUUUUCACUUUUUUGGUCUUUUGGAAAAUGUUGUUUGUGCUGUAUUUAGACCCCUCUAACAAGAAAUUUGUUUUGCAUGCACACGUAUAAAAAUUGCGGUUUUUAUCCAACGCAAUCAUAGGUUUGAACGUUGUUUUCAAUUAAGACUUGUUUAUAUUUUUUCGUUUGGGCUUGUAUUAUAUUUGCCUUCGGGUUUAUAUGAUCUGUUCAUCCUAUUUGGCUCCUCGAAAUUCAGGAGUCUAUCCUAAAUUGAGGUAAAUUAUGUGGCCUUCCAAUAACCGUUUCGAUUCCUAACAUCACUGAAGAGACAUUAAUUGUCGAAAUCUGGAUAUGGUGUACAAAAAAUCUUUGCACCUCUGUUUGCGGUAUAUCAUCUUUGCCGCAAGUUUAUUGUUUUAUGUUUGGUAUUAAAUUUAUAGUUAAGAUCCAUUUAUUACACCUUGUGAUCCGUUUAUUUGGCAAUCGCCAAUGGCAUUCAGCAGGAUUUAAGAACAUUUGUUGUUCGACCUGUUAGUCAAAUGCGUUUUGUUAAAAUAUACUUUUUCACUUUUUUGGUCUUUUGGAAAAUGUUGUUUGUGCUGUAUUAAGACCCCUCUAACAAUAAAUUUGUUUUGCAUGCACACGUAUAAAAAUUGCGGUUUUUAUCCAACGCAAUCAUAGGUUUGAACGUUGUUUUCAAUUUAGACUUGUAUAUAUAUAUAUAUAUAUAUAUUUAUAUAAUCCUAUUAACCUUUGUUUCAUGUUAAGACAUUUCACUUUAUAUCUUGAAUCCAGUGAAAAAUGACAUUGACUUGUGGUAAAGGUACAUAAAACUAGUUUCAUUGUGACGCAUUACUUACACCUGCCUUUUUGUACUUGUCAGUGUUAAAAUAGCUAUGUAUGGCAUUGUAUAUGAACUGAGAAAUUUAUUUACACCAGUUAUAGCCCAGUGUUAAGGAUUUUCUUAAUUUAAUCGCCGCAACAACUACACGGUUAUAUCAUAUAUCAUUCGAUUGCCCUAUGUGUGUACUCUAAAAUCAAUGUGGUCGCCAAAAAAAAAAAAUGAAAA